AUGUCUUCGAACCAAGGCCAAAACCAGGGCCAGAACCAGAGUCCUUACCAGAAGCCAAACCAAUAUCAAUAUCAGAGUUCCAAUCUCCAGUAUCAGACCCAGAGUCAAUAUCAGCAACAUCAAAAUCAGUUACCAAGUCAGAACACGUCUGCAGGGACAACUCCAGUCAUGGUGCCACCGUCUGUUGCAUCGUCUGCGACUCAAGUCAAGUCAGAGCAAGACUGCUUCGAGCGCCUUGCAUUGGAAUUUGCAUCACUCCCAGACCGUGAAAUGCCACCAGAGGUCUCGGAUCCAGUAGCCGCACAGCAGCAACAGCAGCAGCUCACAAACGCAGCAUCAAGAGCAGUUCCAGACCACAAAAUCUCACCAAACACGCCCACGAACAACUUCGUCGCCAAAACGAUACGCGCGGCCAUGGCGGACAUCAAACCUAGCUCGUGA